UCUGAAUGGAAGGUGGUAGAUGAUGUAGGCAACCAGACUUCCUGUCGUCUUGCUGGAUUAAAACCAGGAACGGUGUACUUUGUCCAGGUUCGGUGUAACCCAUUUGGGAUCUAUGGCUCUAAGAAGGCAGGCAUCUGGAGUGACUGGAGCAAUCCAACUGCUGCAUCUACUCCAAGAAGUGAGAGAAUAACCGGUGUAUGCGACCCCAAGAGUGGGGAGCAGAAUUCUACUUUAAGAAGGGAAUUAAAACAAUUCUUUGGCUGGGUGAAGAAACAUGCAUAUGGCUGCUCCAACCUUAGCAUCAAAUUAUAUGACCAGUGGAGGGUGUGGCUGCAGAAAUCACACAAAACACGGAACCAG